AUGCGUUUCUCUCCGCUUGCGACCCUCGCGGGGUUGUCAGCGUUUGUUCUGGCUGACGAAGUCAAAAAUCCCGUGUCAGAGCCUUCGGUUUUUAAUGGCAAGACGGUGCCACCAUUGCUCGAAUUGACUCCUGCAAACUGGGAGGAGCAGACCAAGAAGAACAAGUUUCUAAUGGUUAAACACUUCAGUCCCUACUGCAAGCACUGUACUAGAUUCGCUCCAACUUUCCAGACCCUCUACGAAUUCUACUAUACCUCGAAGCCUCAAGUCGACGAUCCGGAAGCCACGUUUACAAAAUACUAUGACUUUGUUUUUGGCACUGUAAACUGUGUUGCCUACUAUGACUUCUGUAUGGAGCACGAAAUCCAGUCAUACCCAACCUCAAUUCUCUACGAAGAUGGCAAGGUGUUCGAGUCCUUACGUGGAAUUAAGAAUAUGACGGUAUUGACGACAACCAUCGAAAAAGCGCUUGCCAAAACCCAUCCUGGUCGACCCGAACUCGUCGAAUUACCCAACCCUGGCGACAAAGUCUACCCUGCCCCAAAGACCGACGAGAAGCCUGCAGAGUCUGCUACUGAGAAAAAGGAGGCAGAGGCGCCAGCAAAGGCUGCGGCUGAAGCUGAGAAGCCCCUCGAUGCCGCUGCUGAGAAGGUUGCCUCGGAGCCAGCUGGUAAAACUGAGGGCAAAUCUCUCGAUGAUGUCACCAAAAUGCCCAAAGACGAGGACAAGUCUGAUAAAGCUGAGGUAGUUGAAAAGACCGCCCAGGAUGAGAACAAGCACUCGUUUGGCGCCGAUUGGAAAGUUCCCAGCACCGGCCAGAUGCUUAAGAAACCCAAGGCCCAAAAUCCUACACCCAAGUAUAACCUGGAGGGUAUCAGCGCUCCUCUGACCCCCGCAAACUUUGACACACUAGUUACAAACUCGAAGGAUCCCUGGUUCAUCAAGUUCUACGCACCUUGGUGUUCUCACUGUAAAGCUAUGGCACCUACAUGGCAGCAAUUGGCCAAGAAAAUGCAGGGCAAGCUUAACAUCGGCGAGGUCAACUGUGAGGCGGACCAUAAGCUUUGCACGCAAAUGGGUGUCAAGGCGUUCCCGACCAUUCACUUCAUCAACGGCGCAGAAAAGGCCGAGUACAAGGGUCUGCGUGGGGUCGGUGACUUUGUUGCCUAUGCCGAGGGGGCGCUUGAGGUUGCAGGUGGCGUUCUUGAUGUUGAUGCCGAGAGCUUCAAGGAGCUCGAAAAGACCGAGGAAGUCCUGUUUGUUUACUUCUAUGACCACGCUACCACAACCGAGGAUUUCAAGGCACUGGACGCUCUACCCCUUAACCUUAUUGGACGAGGCAAGAUCGUCAAAACAAGCGACCCCGAGCUGUUCAGCCGAUUCAAGAUCACAACUUGGCCCAGGCUCUUGGUCUCCCGAGAGGGCCGUGCGACCUAUUAUACGCCCAUCACACCCGAUGAGAUGAGAGAUGUUGAUUCGUUGGUCUCAUGGAUGAAGUCCACAUGGCUCCCUCUCGUUCCUGAGAUGACUGCCAUCAACGCCAAGCAGAUUAUGAACCACAAGCUGGUUGUGCUUGCCAUUCUUAACCGUGACGAUGAGGACCGUCUUCAGAACUCCAUCUCGGAGCUCAAGAACGCUGCAAAUGAGUGGGUGGAUCGCCAGGUUCAAGAGUUUCAGCUCGAGCGUAAGAAGCUCCGAGAUGCCAAGCAGAUGAGAAUCGAAGAGGCUCAAAGCCGUGACGACCAACGUGGUCUUCGCAACGCCAAGGCUAUCAAGAUUGACAUGGACUCUACCCGUCGUCAGGAGGUUGGUUUUGCCUGGGUUGAUGGCAUCUUUUGGCAGAGGUGGAUUGCUAGCACCUAUAACAUUGAUGUGAGAGAUGGUGAGCGUAUCAUCAUCAACGAAGAAGAUCGACACAAGUUCUGGGACACUACUCCUACCGGUAACCAGAUCAUGGUCAGCCAUACCUCGAUCAUGGACACCCUUGACAAGAUCGUCUAUGGCCCCAACCCCAUUUCCCCCAAGUACACCAUUAGCUCUUUCGCCAAGUUUUUCUUUGACAUCAAGAUGAACUUCGUCGACCACCCAUUCUUGUCCAUUGGCUUUGUCAUUGCUGUCGGUUUUGGUCUCUACUCUUGGUUCCGUAACCGUACUCGACGAUCCCGGGGCACCUUCUUCCGGGACGAUAACAUGGGCCUCAAAGAUGGACUCCUGGGUCAGAAUGGCAACGCCAAGUCUGACUAG